AUUUAAAGGUAAACAACAUCAGUCUACAUUGAACCUUUGGUUUACUAUUCAGUUUUCUAAACGAAAAGCCUGUUUGUUUUUUCAUGGAUGAUCAGUUAAAUACUGUUAUAUGUUAGCUUCAUCAGUCCAAAUGGAAAACUAUUAUAGUAAUUCAUUUAGUAGUUCUAAAUAGAAUUGUGAUGGCACAGGGUGUGCUUGGGCCUUUAAAUGGUUAAAGUUCCUCCCAUUCCUGUGAUGUGAUUAUACCAAAAACAGAGCAAUUUUUGGACUUGUAGUACUGCAAUCAUGGAAACCAUAGGCUGCAGGAUAUAAAAGAUCUGCUUUCUUCAGUCUGAAGAACGUCUGGGAGAUGUUAGGAUUUGCUGUAAGGCUCUCUCCACAGUAGGUGGUUAGGGAAGGGCAAAAGUGCUAACUUUGUCAAACGAAAAGUGCUAAAGAAUAGAAAGAAGCCUGAAAAGGAAGCCUGAAGAGGAUCUGAGCAAAGGACUAUUUGGGAGAAAUACAUAGAGUGAACCUCUGAGGGAAGAGAAGUUUACCCAGACUCUGAUAAGGGGAUCAUAGCCCAGAUGUCUUUCCUUUUGGACUUUUUGUUACCACAGAAAGAGGAUUUUUGGUUCCGUUGGAGGGCUAAGCCAUCGAACCUACCGGGGAAACUGAGGCCCUAGCCAAAUCUGAUGACAAGAAGAUUUGUACAGGUCACAAAGAUGUUGUGUGUUUUAAAAACUUCCUGAUGUCAUCAUGAUCAGCUGAGUAAUGCUGGAAAACCCUACUCUUUGCACCUGCAAAGAGAAAUCACUUCUUAAGCCUGAUAGUGCAUAUCAAGGGGGAGUGUUUUUUCUCACAGUACAUUUUCCAACAGACUAUCCUUUCAAACCACCAAAGAUUGCUUUCACAACAAAAAUAUACCAUCCAAACAUAAACAGUAAUGGGAGUAUUUGCCUUGAUAUCCUGAGGUCACAGUGGUCACCAGCUUUGACUGUAUCAAAAGUUUUAUUGUCCAUAUGCUCCUUACUUUGUGAUCCUAAUCCUGAUGACCCUUUAGUACCAGAUAUUGCACAAAUCUACAAGUCAGACAAGGAAAAGAUCUCUAGAGUCUGUAUGGAAUAUCUGGAAGAGAUCACAAACUGCUUGUAACAUGUGAACAAGUUGGUGUGUGCCUGCUGCAAUAAUUUAACAAAAUACCCAUUAAUACCAGCACUAAGAUGAAAGGUACUUACCAGGUAUAUGUUUGACAUUGACUGUCAUCUACAUAUUACAGAUAGAAUCAGAUUUAGCUUUUUAACACUCAUCCAUUCAGGAGCUUUUUGGUACAUCUACAGAUGGUCUGUAGUUCUUCCUCACUGGGCACAGUUUCCUGAAGGUAACUGAGGAUUGUUUUCAAUUUGAAAACUGUGUUCUAUUUGUCAAGUUGUGUUGGGGUCUUUGCUUAUGUUAGAUGGAGGUUAUGGUCUUGUUAAAGGAUAUUCCUCUGCUGAAACAGUCUUUCUUGUCCAUGGAGUGGACAUUUUUGCAGACUGUUAAGAUAGUUUUUUCUUGCCAGUUAGGAUGAUUGGUGUAAUCAAAGCAUCUGACCCAUUUUGCAAGCACCUGCCUCAAUAUUUGAACUUGUUUGUAUAUCUGCCUUGUAAUACAAACCCUAUCAUUCUCAAGAUGAAGAAAUCAGGGCUCAGCCUUUGCCUGUUCAUUUACUCAAUAUUUCUUCCUCCUGUUGUUGAUGGGUGGCAGGGGGGGUUGAAAAGUCUCCACGUUUCUUAAGGUGGUGUGGAAAUUCCCCAUACAGUUUCUUGGAGAAUCUCUUGGUUUAUGGAGACUCCUUCUUUGAAGUGAGGACUAAGAAUUCAAUCCGUCUGGGACGGUUUAAGAAAGGAAAAUUUGCCUGUAACUCUGCUUCUUUGAAGAUAUCCUUUGGUUGGCUUUCUAUUAAAUUUAUCUCCCCUCAGAUUUGGGAGGUGAAAGUCAUGGCUGACUAAACUCUGGUUAUGCUAUACACUGACUUUCACCAGUAUUAACUUAGAGUCCAAGGAGUUAUGUUCCAUUAGCAUGUGUUUUGCAGAUUAUGGAGACUGCUGCAGUUAGUGCACAAGUUACAUAUAUUGGCAUCUUAAAGGGAGGCAAUUAGGUUAUAUAGAUUUGCAAAAGUUCUUGCUUCAACCUUUUAUUUGAAGAAGGAACUAACAGGUGGAGGCACAAGAGGCUGCUGAGCCUACGGUCAGGAGUUUAAUAUACCACAUGCUGCUACCAAGGCAAGGAGAGAGUUGGCUAGGAGUUUUGGGAGUUCUGGCCAGUCUCAUGAAGGAAGGAAAAGGCCCAAGGGUAGAAAUCCAGUCAAAUGAUACUUUCGGAGAAGCAUAAUUACUUCCCUUUUGAGCGUCAAAAUUCAGAUGAUGUUGGCAGACUAUGGAAGUUGUGACAUUUAAAAAAAAAAAAAAAAAAAAAAAAACUUCCUAGGUUUUGACCUAGUUCAAUAAAAGACCUUUUAUACCUAAAUAAUAUUUUGGAAAUAACUUUGUAAUAAUGAUAUUAACAAUUUGACCUUGUUCAUUCUAAUGGUAUGUAGUUAGCUUUAAUGCAAUUCUUACCUUUCUUCUGGGAAAAGUCUUCAAAAACUUGUUUAAAUUAACUUACUGUAAAGUGAAUCUCUACAGCCAAAACAGAAUUGACAUUGAGAAACAGAUGGUGUAAUAAACAAUCUUGUGCUUCAGUAUAUGGUGUGCAUUGUUUUAAUGACCUACUACUUGCUUGCAUUAAUUAGCUAAUGUGUUUCUAAUAGUCGUAAGUAUGCUAGAGUUGUUGAUUUGGCACUGUUUAGUGCACAGUGGAACUAUUAGCAAAAGACUGAUUACAUACGCACAAACUGUAGAUUUCUUACAUUUUAAUGCAAUCAUAGAUGACUGCUGUGGUUAGAUUUUAUUUUUUUAGGUAGUUCCAAAACUGAGCAUAUGUAUCUAUAUGCUAUGAAUUAUGUAUUUUGUUUCUUGAGGGAAGAGUUACUAUGUAAAACAGUUCUUAUAUUUCACAAGAUUAUAAUCAAUCCCAAAAGGUGGAGAGCCAGUAACACAUCAUUUGAGUACUUACAUAGAUGUUGUGGAUCAUAUACCUAUCUUCAUUGAAAUGCCUUCUUUCUACAC